UCCUGAUCCUGAACUGAACACUCCACUCCUGACAGCAUGAGCUGCUACUAUGGCAACUACUAUGGUGGGCUGGGCUAUGGCUAUGGUGGCCUAGGCUGUGGCUAUGGCUGUGGCUAUGGUGGCUGUGGCUGUGGCUAUGGUGGCUAUGGCUGUGGCUAUGGUGGCUAUGGUGGCUAUGGUUAUGGAUGCUGCCGCCCACUCUGCUACAGAAGAUACUGGUCCUAUGGCUUCUACUGAAGAAUUUCUUUAGCUGCUGAGCCUAUUGGCUGUCACCCUCUAUCUCAUUGGAAUCAUCUCCAACUUUCUUCACAUUCGAAAUUUUUUAAUAUCUUCAACAAUACCAACUAUAUACCAAUCUGAGAAAAAUGAAUAAAAUCAGCAUGCCUAUUUUGAUUCAUCCUUAUCUCUUGGAUUGUGUGAUA